AUGAAGCUGUACGUCGUCUUCUCGAGCCUCGAGAUCUUCGACAAGCUCUGCUCCUCCUUUGGGCAGGACAUCCUCGAGGCGCCACAUCGCCAUCGGCACUCAUGUCCAACCGCGCUCUACGCCUCGGCGAGCUCGCACGCGCGCGGCUGGCGCGGAGAGAUGGCGCUCGACCUGCUGGUGGCGUACGGCUACCUGACCGCCCACACCCUCGUCCUCUUCUACCAAGCCGUCGCCCUCUCGGUCGCCAUCAACUCGAACUCGAACGUGCUGCUCACCCUCCUCAUCUCGAACAACUUCACCGAGCUCAAGACGAACGUCUUCAAGCGGUGCGAGGCGGAGAACCUCUUCCAGGCCUCGUACCUGCUCAUCGUCCUCGUCCAGUUCGUCUUUGUCCAAAAGGAAGAGCUCACUGCGGCGCGGCUGCACGAGGUGGACUGGAUCAAGCACGCCUUUGUCACGAAGUUCAACCGCAUGCGGCCGGACGUGUACGCAAAGUUCACGCGCAUCCUCUGCGCCGACACCGCGGCCUCCGCCACCACGCAGGAGCGAGAGCCGCUCGCCAACGUCGCCGCCAGGAGGGGCUCCGCUGAUCCAUUCACGCAUUCAUCAGUCACUGUCUCAUUGCUUACCGUCCUCCCGACCCUCGCGCUCCACCACUCGUCGGGCCCGCUGCUGCUGCUGCUCACCUGGCUCCUCUUCUGCGCGCUCAAGCUGCUCAUCUCCAUCGCCGAAGAGGCCAAGGAGAUGAGGCUACGCUCCGUUGGGAGGUACGCUCUCAUCGGGAAGCAGAUCAUGUGA